GAGCUGAAGUCAUUACAUGUUUGUGUCUUACUCGGAGCAGUAACAUGAAUUUUAACGGCAAAGUGGUCAUUGUAACCGGCAGCAGCUCCGGUAUUGGAGCAGCCAUAGCGAUCAAGUUUGCUGAACAAGGUGCCAAGGUAGCUAUCGUGGGCCGAAAUGAAAAUAAAUUGAAGGAUGUCGCUAAGAAGUGCAACAAUCCUUUAAUUAUAGUUGCUGAUGUCACGAAAGACGAUGGUGUCAAGAAGAUUAUCAAUGAAACUGUAAAACGAUUUGGAAAAAUUGACGUACUCAUUAACAAUGCCGGAAUGGGUUGGUUUACAAGUAUUAAAGAAGAGAAUGCUUUAGAAGCCUACAAUGCAGUAAUGGCGACGAACCUGCACGCAGUUGUUCACCUCACACAUCUCGCUGUACCUCAUAUCAUUAAAACAAAAGGAAACAUUGUUAACAUUUCAAGCAUUGCAGGGAUUAGUGUUUCUUUCAAGGGUGGUUUUCCAUACCACAUGUCGAAGGCCGCUUUAGAUCAUUUCACAAGGUCUAUAGCGUCUGAACUUGCAUCAAGUGGUGUUCGUGUCAAUUCCGUCAAUCCUGGACCUGUAAAAACUGAUAUAAUAGAAAAUAUGGGAAAAACAAAACAAGAAGAAGAAGCUGCUUGGGAUAUGAUGAAGAAAAUGACAGCAUUGAAACGUGUUUCUGACGGUGAAGAAAUAGCUGAUUUGGUUUCAUUUUUGGCGAGUGACUUAGCUAGAGGAAUUACUGGUUCCAUAUUUGUUAGUGAUAACGGAGCACUGGUGAACUCUGACUAAAGUGAAAUGUAUUCUUAUUUAUAAAAAAAGAUGAUAUUGUUUUAUUUUUGUUGUUAACUUCCGUGAGGAUGCUUCAUUAUCAAUGAUGCAAUGGUUUUCUAACGCGUGUUGAUUCCGAUACGACACUAGUCGGGCGACUAGUAUCGGACCCAACCGGAGUGUUUAAUCAUUAGCUAAUACCUGAUAAACUGGCAAAAAACUACCUGAUAAACUGGCAACCCUGAUAAAUAAACGUGAGGAAAUC